AUGGAAGCAUUUAUUCAUUAUUUGGAUGUCAGAAUGUGGGAAGUUGUAUCUAACAAGUAUGAUGUACCAUCUACUGUACCUACUGAUGCAGAUGAAAAGACAAAAUAUGAACUGGAUAAGAGAGCUCGCUUUGCAAUUCUAUGUGGGUUAUCAAAAGAAGUAUUUGUUAAAGUAAUGUACUUCAAAUCAGCCAAUGAGUUUGAUGAUUUGAAAAUGAAUAAUGAUGAGUCAGUGGCAAGUUAUUUUCUUCGUAUUGAUGAAGUUGUAAAUGCCCAAAAGGGUCUUGGUGAAGAAAUUGAUGAACAUGAUGUGGUUGCAAAACUUCAAAGUACACUUACUGCUUAUGAAAUGAGAAUUGGUAAUACCCCUUCUACCUCUAAGGAAACAACUUUUAAAAUUGAGAAACAGGAAGAGAGUGAGUCUGAAUUAUCUGAUGUUUUUGAAACUUUACUGGUUAGGAAACUCAGGCUGAAGUUUCAAGGAAAGUUUAAAUGUUUUGGCUGUGGUAAAACUGGACACUUUGCAGCAAAAUGUCCAUAUUUAGAUCUAAGUAAAGAUGAGGAUAAAUCUGAAAAAAUGUUUAAAAAACCUUGGAAUCCUAAUAAAAGGUUGAACAAUUUUAAAAAGAAGAGUCUUAUGUCAAAAGAAGAGAUUGAAGAUGAAUCUGAUGAGUCAAAUGAUGAUGGUUGUGAAACACUAUUUAUGACCAAAGUUGAAUUUGAAAAACCAGUUGCAGUAAAAUCUGAACCAGAUUCUGAAGUUGUAAUAGAAGAUGUAAAUCUCGAAGAAGAGCUUCUUUGUGCUCUUCAAGAAGUAAAAAGAUUUAAGAAACUUGUAAUUUCUUAUGAAGAUUCCAAUCAGAUCUUACAACUUGAUAUAGUUAAUGCAAACAAGGUUAUUGAAACUCAGAGAAGUCUUAUUGAAAGAAAAGAACAAGAAAUUAGUACACUACAAAAACAAGUAUACACUCUUGAAAAACAACAACGUUCUACUGAAAAAGGUGAAACUUCACAUCAUAAUUCUGUAACAACAAACAGAAAUCAGUUUCCGAAUAACAGAUUUUUCCAUGGCUAUUGUCAUUUUUGUAAUCUGUUUGGGCAUAAAGUAAAUACUUGCAGAUUUGCUAGAGUUCCUAUUUUUGGUCAUAAACAAUCUUCUGGUUUUGUCAGAGACAUAAGAUGUUUUACAUGUUAUCAAUAUGGUCACACUUCUAAGUACUGUAAAAAGUUACAAAAACCUGCAAAAAUGUGGAGACCCAAACUUGAACAAUCUAUGCUUGUUCAAAUAGCUCUAAUAUCUACCAAAUCUUCUAUUUGGGUUUUGGAUAGCGGAUGUUCUCAUCAUAUGACAGGAGACAAAAACAAGUUUUCAGCUUUAGAAAAUCAUCCAGGAGGUUUUGUUAAAUUUGGUGACAAUACAGGUCUAUACAUUACUGGAAUGGGAACAAUCAUGAUAAACAAAGACACUCCUAUAAAUGAUGUCUAUUAUGUUGAAGGAUUAAAGUAUAACUUGCUAAGCAUUAGUCAGAUUUGUGAUAGUGGACGUCAAGUUGUGUUUAAUUCUUACGGAUGUGUGAUUAAAGAAAAGUCAGGGAAAAUAAUAGCAAAUGGUUUCAGAACACUUGGUAAUUUGUAUCAUUUGUCAGACUCCAAAAAUCAAGAACAAAGUGCAGGCAUGUGUGUUAUGAGUUAUAUAGAUGAAAAUUGGUUACGGCAUAAGAGAUUUGGUCAUGUUAAUUUCGAUAAUAUGGUCAGAAUCAGCAAAAAUGAAAAUGUUCGAGGUCUACCUCUGAUUAGUAGACCUACAAACUCUGUUUGCAGUGAAUGUGUAAAAGGCAAACAAACUAAGUCAUCUUUCAAAUCUAAGGAGUUUCUGUCCUCAAGGCCACUAGAAUUAGUUCACACAGAUUUGUGUGGUCCUAUGAAAACACAGUCACUGAAUGGUGAAAAAUAUUUUAUGUUGUUCAUAGAUGACUACACCAGAAUGGUAUGGGUAACCUUUCUCAAGCAUAAGUCAGAGGCUUUUGAUAGGUUUAAAAUAUUUAGAAAAAUGGUUGAAAAAGAGUUUGAUUUGAAACUAAAAUGCCUAAGAUCAGAUAAGGGAGUAUUCAAUGAAAAUCGGAAUGUGAUGAAAAAUCAGAUUCAAGAUGUUGAUGAAGAAUCUAAUUUAGAAGUCGGCAAUGCCUCAACAUCAAAUGAACCAGUUGGUACCAAAGUGGAUGAACCCAGCUCAAGUAAACAAGAGGAAGUUCCUAAUUUUAAGGAAGAUAUACCUCAGAAAACACCUUCCAAGAUAAUUGCUAAACGACAUCUUGAAAGUGAUAAAGAUGCUGGUAUAAUAACUCGUAGAAAGGCAAAACAAAUAGAACAAGCUCAGAUGGCUGAGCAUUUUUGUCUUUUAACAGAUUUUGAACCACAAAAUGUUUCUGAAGCCUUAAAAGAUCAAUCCUGUGUUGAUAGUACAUUAUAUACUAAAGUUGUUAGUGAUGAUCUUCUAGCUAUUGAAAUCUACGUAGAUGAUAUCAUAUUUGGAUCUACAAAUGAUGAAUUAUCACAGAGUUUUUUCAACUAUUAUGGAAUCUGA